GCUGCUGGACGCGGCCCAGCCAGCGCCGAGGAGGAGGAGGAGGAGGAGGAGGCGGCGGAGGUGAGGAGUGAAGUGGCCCCGGCCCACGCCCCUCCCGGGCCCCUCUCGUGCCCCCGGGGGGGCAGCCCCCUCCACAUUUCCUGCGCGGGGUGUUUAAAGCACCGUGGGUACGGCCCGCCUGGGCCCGCGCUGCCUUUCCCUGCCCUGCUGGGAUGGAGCCCGCCGCCCCCUGCUCCCGCCCGCUCCGGGCCCUCUGACCCACUGCUCGCCCACCCGUCUGCCGCCGCCCCCCGGCUGUCAGUCGGUCUGUGUCCCCAGAGCCAUGGGGGCCGUGCGGCCGCUCACUGUCGGGUUGCCCCCGCUACUGCUACUGCUGCUGAGCACUUCGUGUGGCUUGAUCUCUGGAGAAGUGUGCCCGAGUAUGGACAUUCGGAAUAACCUCACACAAUUGAACAUGUUGGAACGCUGCUCUGUCAUUGAAGGCAACUUGCAGAUACUGCUGAUGUUUAAAACAAAGCCUGAAGAUUUCCGGGACCUCAGUUUCCCCAGACUUACCAUGAUCACAGAGUACUUGCUGCUCUUCCGAGUAUAUGGGCUUGAGAGCCUCAAGGAUCUUUUCCCCAACUUGACAGUCAUUCGUGGGUCCCGCCUCUUUUUCAACUACGCCUUGGUCAUCUUUGAGAUGGUCCACCUCAAGGAGAUUGGCCUCCACAGCCUAAUGAACAUCACCCGGGGGGCUGUGCGCAUCGAGAAGAAUAAUGAGCUAUGUUACUUGUCAACCAUCGACUGGUCUCAGAUUCUAGACUCGGUAGAGGACAACUAUAUCGUGGACAACAAAGAUGACAAAGAAGAGUGUGGGGAUGUCUGCCCUGGGGCAGUGAAGGGAGUCAACAGUUGCAAGUCCACAGUGAUCAACGGCCAGUUUAUUGAACGGUGCUGGACCCACAACCAUUGCCAGAAAGUGUGUCCGCCCUCAUGUAAGUGGCAGGGCUGCACAGCGAGUGGACAGUGUUGCCACAGUGAAUGUUUGGGGAACUGCUCUGAGCCCAACGACCCGGAGAAGUGUGUGGCCUGCCGAAAUUUCUAUCUGGAUGGCAAGUGUGUGGAGACGUGCCCUCCAGACUAUUACCACUUCCAGGACUGGAGAUGUGUGAACUUCAGUGUCUGUCAGGAGCUUCACAAUAAAUGUAAAAACUCCCGGAAGCCCUCGUGCCCCCAGUAUGUCAUCCACAACAACAGGUGUAUCCCUGAGUGUCCCUCUGGCUACACAAUGAACUCCACCAACCUGCAUUGUUCUCCUUGCUCCGGCCCCUGUCCAAAGGUCUGCAACAUCGAGGCUGACCGGACCAUUGAUUCUGUGCAUGCUGCCCAGGCCCUUCGAGGGUGCACCGUCAUCAACGGGAGCCUUGUCAUCAACAUCCGUGGUGGCAAUAACAUAGCAGCCGAACUAGAAGCCAAUCUGGGUUUAAUUGAGGAGAUCACAGGGUACCUUAAGAUCCGUCGUUCCUAUGCCUUAGUAUCCCUCUCCUUCUUCCGGAAGCUGCAUCUCAUUCGAGGAGAGACCCUGGAAAUCGGGAACUACUCCUUCUAUGCCCUGGACAAUCAGAACCUGAGGCAGCUGUGGGACUGGAGCAAACACAACCUCACCAUCGCCAAGGGGAAGCUCUUCUUUCACUAUAACCCCAAACUCUGCCUGUCUGAAAUCCACAAAAUGGAAGAAGUUUCUGGCACAAAGGGCCGGCAGGAGAGGAAUGACAUUGCACUGAAGACCAACGGUGACCAAGCUUCUUGUGAAAAUGAGCUACUCAGGUUUUCUUCCAUCAGAACCUCUCAUGACAAAAUCUUGCUGAGAUGGGAGCCUUAUUGGCCUCCUGAUUUCCGAGACCUCUUGGGAUUCAUGCUGUUCUACAAAGAAGCGCCUUACCAGAAUGUGACCGAGUUUGAUGGCCAGGAUGCCUGUGGGUCCAAUAGCUGGACAGUGGUUGACGUUGAACCCCCAGUGAGGUCAAAUGAUCCCAAGACGCAGAAUCAACACCCAGGGUGGUUGAUGCGAAACCUGAAGCCGUGGACCCAGUACGCCAUCUUUGUGAAGACCCUGGUGACCUUCUCUGAUGAACGGAGAACCUAUGGUGCCAAGAGUGAGAUCAUUUACGUCCAGACCAAUGCCACUGUUCCUUCAGUCCCAUUAGACCCAAUAUCCGUUUCCAAUUCUUCAUCCCAGAUCAUUUUAAAGUGGAAACCACCCUCUGAGCCAAAUGGUAAUAUUACACACUACUUAGUGUACUGGGAGAAGCAAGCUGAGGACCUUGAGCUCUACGAACUUGAUUACUGCCUUAAGGGGUUAAAGUUGCCAUCCAGGACCUGGUCCCCUCCUUUUGAGUCUGAAGAUUCUCAGAAACACAACCAGAGCAACCAUGAGGAUCCCAAUGGAGAGUGCUGCUCUUGCCCGAAGACUGACUCCCAGAUCUUAAAGGAGCUGGAGGAGUCUUCCUUUAGGAAGAUGUUUGAAAAUUACCUUCACAACGAGGUUUUCAUCCCCAGAAAAGCAUCCUCAGGGAAUGGCGCUGACGACUCUAGGCCGGCAAGAAGGCGAAGGGAUCUCCGGGUUCGUAUGGCAAACAUGACCGUGGUGACGCCCACGAGGUCCUCGCUCUCCAACGCCUCUUCCACCACAGCGCCUGCCAGCACCGAGGAGCCGAAGCCCUUCGAGAAGGUGAAGUCUAAGGAGUCCCUGGUCAUCUCUGGCCUUCAGCAUUUUACUGGCUACAGGAUCGAGCUCCAGGCAUGCAACCAUGACGAGCAGGAGUCCAGGUGUGGCCUCGCCGCCUAUGUCAGCGCGAGAACCAUGCCUGAAGCCAAAGCUGAUGACAUUGUUGGUGCAGUGACCCACGAGGUGCUUGAGAACGUUGUCCAUCUGCGAUGGCAAGAGCCUAAACAUCCCAAUGGCCUCAUUAUUCUGUAUGAAGUCAAUUACUGGCGUGUUGGAGACACUGAGGAGCUGCAUCUCUGUGUUUCUCGAAAACAUUACGCCCACGAACAGGGCUGCAGACUUCGAGGUCUACAGCCUGGCAAUUACACCGUUCGCAUCCGAGCUACCUCUUUGGCGGGAAAUGGUUCAUGGACUGAGCACACCUACUUCUAUGUUGCAGAUUAUUUAGAUGUUCCAUCGAAUAUUGUAAAAAUUGUCAUCGGCCCAGUCAUCAUUAUCAUUUUCUUGAUCAGCACGGUUGCAGCUGUUUAUGUCUUUGUGAAGAAGAGGCAAACGGAAGGACCAACAGGCCCACUGUUCGCCUCUUCCAAUCCAGAAUACCUCAGUGCCAGUGAUGUUUAUGUACCAGACGAGUGGGAAGUGGCUCGAGAGAAAAUCAGCCUCCUCCGUGAGCUUGGCCAAGGCUCUUUUGGCAUGGUCUAUGAGGGCAAUGCCAAGGACAUCGUCAAGGGGGAGGCCGAGACCCGCGUGGCCGUGAAGACGGUGAAUGAGUCUGCCAGCCUCCGGGAACGUAUUGAGUUCCUGAAUGAGGCCUCUGUCAUGAAGGGCUUCAGCUGCCAUCAUGUGGUCCGCCUCUUGGGGGUGGUCUCCAAAGGGCAGCCCACCCUGGUGGUCAUGGAGCUGAUGGUACACGGGGAUCUGAAGAGUUAUCUCCGCUCCCUACGGCCAGAUGCAGAGAACAACCCUGGUCGCCCUCCCCCCACCCUCCGGGAGAUUAUACAGAUGGCCGUGGAGAUUGCGGAUGGCAUGGCCUAUUUGAAUGCUAAGAAAUUUGUUCACAGAGACCUCGCCGCCCGAAACUGUAUGGUUGCCGAAGACUUUACUGUAAAGAUAGGAGACUUUGGGAUGACCAGAGACAUCUAUGAGACAGAUUAUUAUCGAAAAGGGGGCAAGGGCUUGCUCCCAGUGAGGUGGAUGGCGCCAGAAUCUUUAAAAGAUGGUGUCUUUACUACCUAUUCAGAUGUAUGGUCUUUUGGCGUGGUGCUGUGGGAGAUCAGCAGCCUGGCCGAGCAGCCUUACCAAGGCCUGUCUAAUGAGCAGGUCCUGAAAUUUGUGAUGGAUGGAGGGUACCUGGACCAACCCGAUAAUUGUCCAGAGAGAGUGAACAGCCUGAUGCAGAUGUGCUGGCAGUAUAAUCCCAAGAUGCGUCCCACCUUCAUCGAGAUCAUCGAGAUGCUGAAAGAUGACCUCCACCCCAGCUUCCGGGAGGUCUCCUUUUUUUACAGCGAGGAAAACAAGCCCCCCGAGAGCGAGGAGUUUGAGAUGGACUUUGAAAAUAUGGAAAGCAUCCCCCUGGACCCGUCUUCUUACUCACAGAGGGAUGAGGUCCUGGGGAGGGACAAUGGGCCAUCCCUGGGCCUUAAGGGGAACUAUGAGGAGCGGAUUCCUUAUACCCACAUGAAUGGGGGCAAGAAGAACGGGCGCAUCCUCUCCUUGCCAAGGUCGAACCCUUCCUAACAUCUCCCUACUGGGGACGAGCGUUUAAGCCUCUCCCUGGGGUUCUGAUGUUCUCACCGGAUGGACGGCCCGCCCCACUCCGGGAAAUCUCAGGAUUCCUCUGAUUGCUGCGGCCGUGUGACUGACACACGCCUCAGACCCUGCCCCCUCCUUCACCUUCCACCCCCUUCUCAUUUCUGUCCAGUCGGCGCCAUGACUCGGGUGCCGAGUUUCAUUUCUGUCAUUGGCCGCCACCGAGGCCGUGCCUGGCUGUCUGUGGACCUCACUGUGAAACCCGUGUCCUGGGAGAAAGCCUCCUGGGGCUGCUGGCCUUCGGGUCACCACCACUCCCAAGCUCCGAGAGAAGUUUGGCCGGCUGUGUUUGUGAGCACAGGACAUUUUGCCAGGGUCCAGGUUUCUCCAAGCAAAGCACUUGUUUGUGGGAGAAACAAAAAGCAAAACUUCCAAAAGUGGGGCGGGGGACCCAGCCAAGCCACAAACAAGCCCAUACACAAAUCCUUUUCCAGCAGAAUUCCAGGCUUUUCAGGAUACUCCCCAGAAAACGUUUCUUUUGUUUAAGACUGAAGAAUAUUUUUUAAGAAAAAAAAAACCACAAAUCAGUUAUAUUAGUUCCUCAGAUUGACCAAUAGCUGCUGCUCUCACACUUUUUCAUGGGUCUGAAACCCUUGAGUGUGUGCGCUUGUGUGUGUGCGCCAGUGCGAGUGUGCACACGUGUGUGUCUGUAUUGUGUGUCUGUACCUCAGGCGUGUGUCUCCUUCAGUGUACACACAUCGAUGGAAGACUCUUGUAUCAUUCUCACAGGGGCUUUGGACUCCCUGGGGGCAUGAGCCUCACCUCCUCCACUUUGCUGGGGUGACAGUACCCCCAAACUAAUGGUUUUUGUUAUGAGACCCUCAUGCUUGUCCCUUCCCUCUAUCACUUGCUCAUUUAUGUUUGGUGAUUGCAUCUUCUGGGAGCCAGGGUCUCGUUGGGGCUGGGGAGGGAGAAAAGUGGGGUUCAGCUUGAAGCUGGGGAUCCUUUCAAGACCAAAAAGAAAACCAGGGGAAAAAAAAGUCAAUUGGAUGGAGGUCUCCAGCUCUGUCCUCCUCUCUCCCCCGCCAUGGCAACCUGGAGCACACCUUUGUUGGGUUUAAACAUAUUUAAUUUUUUUCAAGUUUUAAACAUUAACUUCAUAUAAGUUAUUGGCUGUUUUUGAUUCUUAGGUUUGGGCUUUUUUGGUCUGUGUUCUGCAGGUGUGGUUUCUUGGGUCUGAAAGUGGCCCAUUGAUCUGAGAAUAAACUGAUUUUAGCUGAUCACAAGCUGGGGAGCCAAGAGACAAGUUGAGUUUGUACUUGACGAGGCUUUAGAAAUAGGUUCCUGAUUUAUUUUGUGUGUGUGUGUGUGUGUGUGUGUGUGUGUGUGUGUGUGUGUGUGUGUGUGUGUGUGUGUGUACCAAAAGCUGUGAGCUGAGGCCUCAGCGGGGGUAGGUGUGAUAGACACAGAUGCCCACUUCCUCCUUCUCUGUCUCUUCUCUCACUCCUCCAUCAUCUUCCUCCUCUGCUCCUCUUCUUCCUCCCUUCUCCUGUUCCACCUCUUUUCCUCUUAUCGUCCCCUUUCUCCCAACCUUUCCUCUCUUCUUUUUUCUUCUUGUCUUUUGCUGCUCUUCUUCAUUCUUCUCUCUCUCUCUCCCCCCACCCCCAUUCUUCCUGGACCCAUCUCAUCUUCUGUCCUUUUCCUCCUCCUUCCCAUCCUCUCUCAAAGUACCUUUCAUCCCUAUGCCUGUACAGCUUCCUCUCUCUAGGAAAAGUAUUUAAAUGCAGGAGAAACCUACCCCCACCCUCCCACCCCACCCCCCAGCCCAAAUACUUUGAAAAAAACAGCAUAGACACAUAUUAACAGAUGUCUGAAGAGGGAACAUCUGAAAAUAGAUGUCAGUCAUGACAGAACCAUCCUGUCCUCACUGUCCUCAUCUCUGAUCUCACGUCUGUGUCUUCUCUUUGGUGCAGGUGGGUGGGGAAUUAACAGCUCCCAAGCCUCUCCCAGAUGGUAACUGAGUCCCUGGCAUGGCCAGGGCAGCGCCGUCUUGAUCUGGAGCUUGGCAAAGGUAGAGGCUGGUAGAUGGAGGCUGAGGUGUGAAAUGCAGGCUUUAACGUCCAUGUAGUAUGACUUAUCCAUGGCCCUUCAACCAAACUGUUCCUCAUUGGGUCAAUGUGGCGGCUCAGACGGAGCAGAUCCAUUGUCCGAUUGCUCCCAUUGAUCACCCCUGAGGUUGUGGUGGCCCCGGCUUCCCUUUUCCCAUGCCCCCUUGCUUGCCCACUUGUUCUCAGGUAUUCCGUGGCCUUGUGACCGCAGGCUUCCGGGCGCUGCUUCUGCCUUCUCAAAAUUGUGAUUGAGAACAGGAUUGAAAAGUAAUCAUGAUCCUCCUUCCAGCCUCAUAACUUUUUGGUCAGGGAUACAAGUGAAAAAGAAAUCUGGGCCAAGCCUGUGGCUAAGACGCGGGGGAUUUCCCCUUGCACAGAUAGCAUAGAAUUGAUAGCCCUUAAAAGAGUGUCAUGGGUCUGAUUGGACGAAGGUGCAGAUGAAAGGGGGUGUGUACUCAGAGGUCACCAGGAGAUCGAGGUAGGGCUUUGUAUUUUCCCUAGUCGCCUGUAGAUAGUAGUGAGCAGCUCAACACUACAUUAUCAGGAAAGAAGAGAGAUGUGUUCUCAUGUUUUUUCUAAUUCAGAAAAGGUUUUCUUAUUAGGAAAAUAAAAUUUAUUUAUUUUAAUAUAAUAUAAAUCACUGUAAAAAUUUGUUUUCUUAAGAAAUCAAAAGUGUGUCAAUUUUUAUUGAUGAAAAAUUUGCAGGAGGAUGCAGUGUGAUGAUUUUUUUCCUCUUCUGUCACAGUCUACCUCAGUCUUGUGAGGAUGUCUUCAAUGAGAGAUGGAUUUGGACUGGAAGCAGCUUUGUCUGGGCCCAGUCUGAACCAGAGUGAUUGGUGUCAGUGGAUGGCAAUGCUGGGGACCGGGGGGGGGGUCAGUGUGGGUGGGCUCAGGUAGAAGGGUGUAGUCCUUCUCCUGUGAUCUAGUGAGUAGAAUAGGGACCCUCAUGUUUAUCAUUCCCCACAACACCCCCAUCUUUUCCCCCAACCCGAUGAUUCAACAGAAUACCAUUUCAGAAUCGGCAUAAUUUUUGAUCUUGCCAUCUGGCUCUAGUCCAUGCUGUUUCUCCCAGGGAGGAGACUCAGCAGGAGACUGCCAUCUGAAAUGAAGUGUCCUGUCUCUCCUGGUUCCUACCCUCAGGAAUGGAUCCAAUUCUUCCGUCAGAACUUUGUGGUCUUAGCGACCUGUUAGAGCCUCGUGAGUACAAAUCUGUCGUGUGGUUUGGUCGUUUUGGGGGAAGUCUUCAAGGGGAGGGGGGGGGCAGAAUUACAAAGGUUGAGCUAUUGCCAAUGUUAAAAAACCAUGUGCACUUUCCCCAUCUGGACCCCUGAGUGCACUUGGUGCUGGACCUCUACUCAAAUGUACAACAUAAUUUUUUUUUCCAUCUUAUUCUUUGGAUGGAAAAAAAUGCAAUUAAAAAUGAUCAUUUUUACAAUGCAGCAUGUAUUCAAAGAAACAAAAAGGAAAACUGGCUCAACCUGGAUUGGAGGAUAACCGACCUUAAACUGACCUCUGCUGGCCCUUUCUAAUUCAUAGAACUCAGAUGGUUCAUUGGAGCAGGGUGACCACGUUCUGGGUUCAGCCUGUGAGGGCUGAGGGAAGUUGAAUACUAAUAUAAGGGUCUAUAUACUCCACAGGCAUUGUUAAGUGCCAAAAUCAAUAACAGCUUGGGUUUUUUUUUCCUUCUCUAGUAUUUUACUGUGCACAACAGAAUUGCUUCAAUCUCCUCUUCUCUUGAAUUGUGCACAUAUGCCCAUGCAUAUGUGGAUAUAUGUAGCAAGGCUUGAUUAGUGCAGAUCUGUAAAGAGAAGCUUACUAAUGGAGCGAAAAGAGGCAGUGUCUUGCGGAAGCCAAUGUUUGUAUCAUGUUGAGAGUGACCCUUGGUCCUUGGGUAAUUGGGGUGACAGGGCUGAGUGGCUAGUGUCAGGUGAUGCUAAGGUUAAAUCUAUGCUUUAGAUGACCAGCUGUGACCGAGACAACCACAAGUUUGGCAUGUGGGGUAUGGGUGUGGGGAAGAGGCGGUCGAUCGGCUUUGCUUUGUCCUUUACUUGGCUUUGAGCAGGGAGAAUCCUAGAAAAAAUCCAUUCAUCUGUGGAAAGACUGAGUGCAUUCUCCUGUUUGCUUGGAUCUGAAGGUUCAAACAAGAAAGAGGAUCUAAGCUGUGUUCUGAGGAAGUCAUAGGCCUGGAUGGGCCUCUGAUGUGAUAGUCUAAGGCAGGGGAAAGAAGCGGGCUGAGAGAGAUCAGGAGGGGGAAGGUAGGGACGGGUCUUUGUGUUUCGGCUGUAUUCUUUCCUUUAAUGCUUAGUGCCUAGCUGAGAGUGAGUGUGACUUCAGCCUUAAACAGUUGUACACCUCAGUCAUCCUUGGAGCACAGCAUCCCGCUGUGCUCUCCCCUCAGCUAACUUGGCUGUGUUCAGCUAAGCUCUGCUGUGGAAAGCUUUGGCCUAGAGCCGUGCGGGGGAAGAAGCAGAUUUGCAGGGAUUCCUGAGCUCCGAAGGCCAGCUGGCUUAUUUAGUUUCUGGAACAAGGGGCAGAAGUUAACCAGAUUCCCCCAGGAUAGGAGAAAGGCCCCUUAAAAGACCACUGCGCCUAACUGAUUAUGGAGACUCGGUCAUCCUUCCUAAAUGAGUUCUGUGCCAUCAGUAUGCUUGGAUGUGGUUUGGAUUUCCCUCAUGUGGGUUUCGCAGGGGCUCUGGUGCUCUUUCGUGGCCCUGGCCCCAGUCACCUCGUAACAAACCUGGCCAAGCUAAACCUCAGCCAGGUCCUUAAUUCCAGAUGCUUUGAAAUGCAGGUGUUAGACCAGCUGGAGAAAGACGCGUGAUGCCUUUGGGGAUGAUAAGAUUCAUUACAACUUUCUAUAUAUUUCAAUUAGAACUGGUCUCUUUUGCUUGGCUCUCCCUAACUCUGGUGGCUUGGACUCUGAGUCCUUUGUAAUUUUUCCAGUGUUUGAUUCUAUCUGUAUAAUUAAAACUCUUAUAUAAAGGCUCAAAGAAAAAGCCUUUUCUGGGAUGGCUUCAAGGUGAAAAUCGGUUUUUGCAUUUUGAGUUGCUCAACAGCCAGCAUUUUGCUUUGUCCUGAAUUCUCCUUUGUACCAGUGGGAGGGGAGCCAGUGCUGGCUGCAGAGGGAGGCCCACUGGACAGAGUAGCUGUGAAGGAAGGAGAAGAGGCGGCUUCUGCUUUCCUGGUCGCCCCCAGGCAAGCUCUGAUGUCUGCCUUACUCAGGCUUUCAUUUAUUUAUUUUUUUUCAGUCAGCUAUGGGGAUUCCAUGCUGCUUACAAAACAGACUCAUUUGGGCCUUAGCAGGAUAGUCAGCUCAGCUUUCCCGUCUAGUUAGGAUGUACCGUGGGAAUCUGUCACUGAGCCUCCCUGCAUUAGCAGAUGGAUCCCACGGGUCACUCCUACCGUCGUGUGUCUCAUUCACAGCCAUGGCUGUUGCAGGCUACCUAGCAUCUGUCUCUCCCUAAAUGUCUUGGGCCUUUCUAGGAGUCUCCCAGGCCUCUUUGCCAAUGGGUGUCUCUGCUUCCAUCCUUCAUAAAGCUCUGCAUUACACAGGCUGAGAACGUGUUGGUUUUGUGUGGGAAAUACUUCCCAGUGGUACCAUCCACUUUCCCCCAAAUUACCCAGGGUCUGUGAGUUCAGGGAGAAGAAGGAAGAGGAGAUGGUGGUAUGGCUAAAGAAUUAGAGCACUGCUUGUGAAAGGGCCCGAUCUGGAAAGAGAACUUGGUGGGGUUUGGCUUGGGGCCAUAAGAGGUGAGCCAGGAUCCCAGUUACCUUGGGGAGGGACCCCCUGAGAGGGGCUGUUCCUCAGGUCCCAGAAUGGUGCCAGCUCCUCUUGCAGAUGCCUCCAGCUUGACAAUAAUAUAUAAAAGGAUCAAAUGUGCCAUGGUUUAAAAAAGUAAAAAAAAAAAUUUCAAAAAAAUUCAGAAAAACAAAAAAAGCUCGAUUACUUUUUUCAACGUUUUCAUACAAAGAGCCAAGCAGUGACAUGUACAGAGAUGCCUUUGAAUAUUAAAAAAAAAAAUCUUGCUGUGUGUAAACCAUUGAACAAUUAACUGUUUAUAUUAAAAUUCUGAAUAAAUUAUCAGAGAAUCA